CGUAUGAAAAGCUCAAGCAUAUAAAUUGAUUGCUUUUUGAGUUCUUUCUUGACAGUUAAAAAUAGUUAAAAAGAAGAAUAUGGUUGCUUCAUCUGAACGUGUCUUUAUCAUUGGAGGUACCGGAAAUAUCGGUAUUAAAGUGGUCAAGGAUUUGAUCGCCAAGGAUAUUCCUGUCACACUUUAUGCACGCCAGCCAGAAAAAGUGAACGCAUUGUUUAGUGACAACAGUCUUAUCAGUGUUGUCCAAGGUGACUAUAGUGAUCUUGCACCUCUUAAAGAAGGAUUGAAGGGACAUACAAGACUCUUCCUCUUGAUUGCCGAUCUGCAAAAUAUGGUUCACUUAAAGAAGACUAUCGCUGCCUGGGCUUAUGAAGCUGGUGUUAAGCAAGUUGUGGAUGUAUCAAGCAUCGCUGCAAGCUUUCCCAACAGAACAAACGCCAUUGGUACAAAAAACUACGAAGCCGAACAAGCCAUCUACAACCUUCCUAAUCGUGGAGCCUUUGUUGCCUUGCGUCCUGGCCGCUUUAUGUCAAACGUUCUGGUAUUUGAACGCAUUCAUGAAGACGCUAUUGUUGAUAAAGCUGACCCUAAUGCACGUGAAGGAUGGGUCUCAACCAAUGAUAUUGGUGCAAUUGCUGCUGUUAUCCUUAGUGAAGAUAUUGAAAAGCAUGGUGACUCAGUUUACGAACUUAUCAGUGAUGUCGUCACACCUACUCAGCGUGCUGAAAUCUUCUCUCGUGUUCUUGGCCGUCCUAUCAAGUAUAAAAAAAUCACCACGCUCGAGAAGUAUGAUAUGCUCAUGCAGCGCAAGUUCUUCAGCCACUCUAUAGUUUUUAGCCUUUGCACAUCCUAUGCCUCCUUUGACCCUCACACACCUACUGUUACUGACGGCAUUCAAAUCCUACUUCGCAGAGAGCCAGAAACAUUUGAAAAGUUCAUUACGGACAAUAAACAUUUAUUAUAGUAGUUCUUCUACUAUUGAUUCAUGAAUAAAGAAAUGUGGUA